UAUGGUUGUUCUGUGGUUUGGAGCAUUGGAGUAUUGGGUUGGAAGAUGAUGGACGAUGUAUCCCGCUGCACCGGAUUUUCCUUACGUCCUGUCAGAACGUGAGGAAAUCAAUUCGAUCCUGUACAAACCAAUCAAUUCAACGCAGCGGAUAAAGUACACAUGUUUCAACGCUUCAUCAAGUUAUAUUGUACUAGGCUCUACCAGUGGCAGCGUUUACUUGUUCUCCAGAGAGCCAUGUUCGUUUCUUCAAAUAAUACCUCUAUCGGAGGGUGUGGUCUCACGAGUGGCGAUAUCACCUGAUGAGAAGACUGUAGCCUUAGCAACAACUCGCGGUACCAUCUGUCUAGUCUCUUUAAAAUCCACUCCGCAGUUGAUAUCAGUUUUAACGGAUCACAUGUAUAAACAAAUCACUUGUAUCUGUUGGAAUAAUAGUAGUACCGAAUUAUAUAUAGGAGAUGCAAUUGGCAGGGUUUUUGUCAUAGUACUGUCCAUAUUUACGGUCAACGGAAUGUUUCAAACUCCAGCGUGCAUACUGAAUCUGGAUUCCGGUGUCGUGCAAUUGAACUUUUUCUCGCCCCUGCUAUUGGUCUCCACGCUAGCGCGUUGCUACAUUUGUGAUACGAUACGGGAGCAGUACAAACAGAUAGGCAAUAAACCGCGAAACGGAGAGUUCGGCGCCUGCUUUUAUACGCACGAGAACAUCAUUUCGAAUUCACAGAAAGAAGAAAGGAAUAUUAACGACGCACGAGGCGCGUUCAACUUGAUCUCCGACAAUGACAGUAAUAUCUUAGGCGAAAAUCACUCGAGGAUAUUUUGCGCCCGCCCUGGUUCGAGACUAUGGGAGGUGUCGGCCGAUGGAAUUGUCACAAAGACGCAUCAGUUCAAGGAGGCUCUGGCGAUUCCUCCGACAAUAAUAUUUCGUUCAGAAUCUAGUACUUUAGAAUCUAGUCAGAAGGAGGAGACGAGGCACGAGUGGCCACCGCAAUCCGUCAACUUCUCGCAUCUGUUCGUACUCGCGCGCAAGUAUUUAUUUUCCUAUACGGCCAGUGGCCUGUAUGUCAUCGAUCCUGCGAACGCGAGCAUACUGCUAUGGAGCAACGAGUACACGAACAUCGGCACGACGUCGAUUGUGGACGAUCAAAUCUAUUUGAUGACCUGUGGUAGCGAAUUUCAUUGCGUAGCGUUAUCGUCACUUGACAACCUGAUAUUGCGACUAUAUUGUCGCGAGCAAUAUAAUAAGUGUCUGAACGCGUGUCUUGUUUAUAAGUCUCAAUUACUAAAAGCCAUUGGCACUAAGGAGAUAGUCGAGCUGCUCGAGAUGGAAGAUCCACCGUUACGAGAUGAGAAAGCACUACUGCGACCAUUGAUUACACUUCUGCAGGCUAGCGGUAAUAGUAGACCGACCAAACUGGACUCCGGAAUCGUAGUCGUGCACUCCAAAAAAGAUAAAUUCACGGAUAAGAAAACUUAUGGCUGUGAAAUGACGUCUUCGUCGCAGUCUCCCGAAAUUUCUAGCGACGAUUCGUCCGAGAUGCAAAUAGAAUCUAGGAAAGACCGAGAAGAGAAUUUCGCGCGAAGAAAUACUCUCGGAACGGUUUCGGAGGUCACGCUCAAUUCGGGUUACGAUAGAGAAAUGUCAGAUAUCAAGGAUGACGAUCGUCAGAAGCCGGAUUUUCAGGACGACAUUACGCAUAAAGUACAGUCAGAUUUGCGUUCGAUUUAUGAUCUGACGAACAGCGUCAGACCUAAUAUAUCGGAGAAAGAGAUCGAAGAAAUUAUUUUGGAAACGGAUAAAAGGAUGAGAACGAUCAAGGAUUCAUAUCGAGAUUCAUCCAGGCUCCAAAGUUUCAUCUACGAGAUCACUCGCGCCGCGGAAUUGCAUUAUUACAACGUGUUUCUGGAAAACACCUCCGUGCAGUUGAUCGACUCCAUCAACAAUGAUUACGUCAUGCGGCAUUUCGCGAGAGCCUUCGUCGAGAUCAAUGCGCCGAUUUACGCCAGAUGCAGCUGCGGUUAUCCCUACCCAAUGGACAAGACUAUAGAGCCGAAAUUCUUGGGGAUCGGUGAGUCUCUGAUUAGGAGAUACGCGGACAACCUGCCAACCGAAUGUAGCAAUAUUUGUGACAAGGUACCUUACAUGUGGCGUGUGUAUUUGUCCAUCCGCAUUGAACAACGUAACGCGCUGGACGACUUGUUGAGACAGUGCCUUCAGACCAGAGACAAUAUCGUAUUGUCGUUCCUGUUACCGGCGCUAAACGAGCAACAAUGGAGUUGCGUGAACGCAUGUCUGAGUGAGAUCAAAGAUGGUACUUGCUUGUUUUGCGCGACGCCUUUGGCGAAAAAGCCUGAUUACGACGUAUUGAUAGAUUGGAGCGGAAUUGCCAGAGAGAUCAUGAGAAAGGAGGGACCAGACGAGGCCAUGGCAUUUCUGAUUAAGCUGGAGAGCAUGAUGCCGGACAUUGAUUUAGACAGAAGUAUAUUCCAGUCCAUCGUGUUUACAAAAAUGCUGCAUCACCGAGGUCUGAAGAAGUCGAUUGAUUUUAGUAAAACUAAUAAAGUAACAUCUGAAUUUGGUACAAUUUGUUCUCCACAGAUACGUGAUCAACUCACGAAAGCCCUUGAGAAAGAUUUAAGACGAUCGAUAGAUAAAUCUGUGUUCGGGACAGGUGCUCAUCAUUGGGGCAAGCGUCAUCAGAUUAAAUCAUUGACAUGCCCAGGUUGCACAUUGUCUUUACAAACGCCAAUUCUAUUGGGUGACAAUGGAGUUGCGAUCUUCCGUUGCGGCCACGCGUACCAUAUGAAUUGUAUGAUAGAGAGAAAGCUCACUAGAUGCAAUCUUCAUCAAUAAAUAUUGUAAAUAAGAGUCGAAUAAAAAAGUUACGUACCGUAUACACUUUUUUUAAAUAAAGCUCUCUUCAGAUGUACUUGAAUCUAUUAUUUAUCACCUGUUCAGUAAAGAUCUUUUUUCUUUCGUCACAAAUACUUGGAUUUAUUAUCUCGGUACAUUCGUUAUCACAGUUGCAAGUUGGACAGUACAGAAGAGCAUCGUAAAUUGUAAGACGGAGCGAAAUCGAUGUAUAAUACAAACAUUAUCAUCUCGAUACAUUUUUCAAAUUUACUGCUUUUUUUGUUCGUUAUCAAAAUGUAUCAUUUUUAUAAGAUCGUUGUAAAAUAAUCAUUAAUUGAUUAUAAUUUGUGUACAGAGUUAUUAAACAUGCGUGUGUACAGUAAAUAAAAUAUCUGCUUGCACGCGUGCAAUUUCUGACGCCGCUUGUUGAGUCUUCUGCGAGAAAUUGAGGAGAGGAAAUAUACAUCUAGAUUUACAUAUUACAUUAUUUGUCUUAUCAC